UUCAUUAAUAAAUUAACAUAAUAUGAAAUAUCCAUUUGGAAGAAUAGGAGACGUUGUUGCCUCUGUUGAUGAUAAUAUUCGUUCUUCAUACCCCCAAAUUUGAUUAUCAAUUUCUUUACACAACCAAUCUUCUCAGAUAACGAAUGAAGCAUUUGUAAGUUGAUGGGAAGCGAUGAGACUCAACAGUUAUUGCUUUCAGAGCCAAGGGACCAUUCUCAUGUCAAUGAGAAAACCGACCUUCUUCAGAGAAGACGAACGCGGCGAGGCCGCAUUUCAGACACAGAGACCAAUCUGUUGCAAGAACAGAAUGUUAGCCUCCAAACCCCUUUAGACUCUCAAUCCAUAGACGAAACACAAGAAGCCGAACUCAAUUUCAAGCCGGUUUUCUUGUUUUUAGCAGCAUACUUAGGUACAGGCACCUUAUGUUUCUUUCUCGCAAGUUACCAAAUUCAAGGCAUAAAAACAAAUGGUUUUCUUGAUGCUCUUUAUUUCUGCGUCGUUACAAUGACUACUGUUGGAUACGGCGAUCUCGUCCCUAACAGCACUAUCGCGAAACUACUUGCUUGCCUUUAUGUCUUCACUGGUAUGGCUCUUGGUGGCUUAAUUCUCAGCAAAGCAGCAGAUUACGUUGUAGAAAAACAGGAAGUCUAUCUUGUUAAAGCAAUAUGCAAAGCCGAGAAACUCGGUCUAGAAGAGGUUUCUAAAGAGCUUGUAACUAAGAAAAGCAAAUACAAGUUUCUGCUUUCAGCGUCCACUUUUGUUGUACUCAUGAUUGUAGGAACUGCUUUUCUGUAUUUUGUUGAGAAGCUAGAUUUCGUCGACGCGUUCUAUUGUGUUUGUUCGACUGUAACUACUUUAGGUUAUGGUGAUAAGAGCUUCUCAACUGCUAUUGGUAGGACUUUUGCUGUGUUUUGGAUAUUGAGUAGCACCAUUUGCUUGGCUCAGUGUUUUGCAUAUCUUGCUGAUUUUUAUACCGAAGAUAGGCAAAGAUCUUUGGCGAAAAUGGUUCUUACGCGAAAGUUUUCGCCCCGUGAUCUUGAGGCAGCUGAUCUUGACGGAGACAAAGCUGUCAGUGCUGCAGAGUUUGUUUUGUACAAGUUGAAGGAAAUGGGAAAGAUCAACCAAGAAGAUGUUACAGCUGUGAUGGAGCUUUUUAGAAAACUAGAUUAUGAUCAAUCAGGAACUCUGACUGAAGCUGAUUUCAGAAAUUCCGAAGUCUGAACCAUCUCAACAUCAUAACUAUAACUUUCUUACGAUAUACAUCACAAAUUUUAGGUUACAUUUUCAUCAUUUAUACUUUGUUUUUGCUGCAUAGGAAAGAUACAUUCUUAUUCUUCUUUAUAAGUCACUUGCUCGAAAAUAAAGUUGCUUUUGAUCA